AUGACGGAGGACCCACCAGAAAUGGAGAUGUCUCCAGAAUUUACUGUGCUGUAUUUGAAUGGCAGCCUCACAAAUUCCUUUGCAAACAACAGUAAUGUGACCAACCUUACCAGUAUUACCUACUACCCGUAUUACCAGCACUCUCUGCCUGUGGCCACUGCCCUGACCCUGGCUUACCUCUUCAUCUUCCUACUAUGCAUGGUGGGAAACGGUUUGGUAUGCCUCAUCGUGCUGGAGAACCGACGUAUGAGAACGGUCACAAAUCUCUUUAUCCUCAACCUGGCCGUGAGCGACCUUCUGGUGGGGGUUUUCUGUAUUCCAACAACCCUGGUGGACAACCUUAUUACAGGUUGGCCAUUCACAAACAUCGUCUGUAAGAUGAGUGGCCUGGUGCAGGGCAUGUCCGUGUCUGCCUCUGUGUUCACGCUGGUGGCCAUUGCUGUGGACAGGUUCCGUUGCAUUGUGUACCCCUUCCAACCCAAGCUCACCUUGCUGGUUGCCAAGGUGACCAUAGUGAUGAUCUGGGUUCUCGCUGUGGUGAUUAUGUGUCCUUCGGCUGUGACGUUAACGGUGGAGAGAGUAGAACAUCAUUACAUGGUCCACAAUGAAGACUACAACCACACAUACCCACUUUUCUCUUGCUUUGAGAAUUGGGCAAACCCACAGAUGAGAAAAGUCUACACCACCGUCCUGUUUGCACACAUCUACCUUAUUCCCCUCACCCUAAUCACACUUAUGUACGUACGUGUUGGGAUAAAACUCUACACCACCUCUGUGAUCUCCGGUAACGAUCAGCAUGAAGGCGGCCAGUCUCACGCUUCUCCUCUGGCCCCCGGGGCCCAACAGGAAGGCCGACCCCUCAUUUCCCAAAAGAAGAUCAAGGUGAUUAAGAUGUUGAGCGUUGUGGCCCUCUUAUUCACACUGUCCUGGCUGCCUCUCUGGACCCUGAUGCUCCUCACGGACUAUGGUGGUCUGAAUGAGGACAAGUUGGAACUGCUGACCGGCUACAUAUUCCCAUUCGCUCACUGGUUAGCCUUCUCAAACUCUAGCGUCAACCCCAUCAUCUAUGGGUACUACAAUGAGAACUUCAAGAGGGGCUUCCAGGCAGUGUGUAGGACACAUUCAUGCUGCUACAGGGGGAUGUCGGCAGACAACGGAGCACGGCGGAAAGCCAACAGAGAUGUCAGGGAACCUGCAGUAAACUUUGGUGCAAGGAACCGGGUGUACACUGACGGCGACCUGAAUAACUCUGGUACACGUCUGGAGAUGGAGCAGAGGAGAACUGGGCGACUUUGUAACUCUGUCUGCACAAAUGACACAGGAUCCAGUGUAGGAUCUGGGAUAAAGGAGGUUGCAAACCAGAAAAUCUUUCAGAUGGAAGAACCAGAGAAAGUAAGUCCCAUGCGAGUGGGCAAAAAUCAAGCCUGGGAUCAAUAG